CCGCAAUAGUUUUUUUUUAAAUUAAGUAAUAUUGGUGUUGGUAAUAGUCGCCACUAUGCCAAAAUAUUACGAAGAUAAAGAGGAAGACAACACGGCCUGUGCAGGUGUCAAGGAGGACUUUAAAGCAUGUCUCCUUCAACACGACUGCGUCAUUAAGGAGGGGCUAAUGCCCAGUGAAUGUCUAAAAGAAGGCCACUGCAAAGCCUUACAGACGUCGUUCUUUGAGUGCAAAAGAUCCAUGCUGGACGUAAGGUCAAGAUUCAGAGGAAGAAAAGGAUAUUAAAGACCCAAAAUGGCGCCACAUGAUAAAGACUGGAUGACCAAC